GAAGAGCGACACACAAGACAUGACAUCCUGACUCUGAAACCUUUUCAAGAACGCCAUGGGAGUGAUAUGGCAGCCACACUGACUCACACUUUGUGCUGCGUAUAGAGCUGCUCAACGCUCAGCUGAGGGGGGGAAUCGGUCGGCCUGAAGGUUUGUGAGAUGGAGCAAGUUCUCGUCAUAGAGUAGUGAAUUUAGCUACUCAUGGUUACCCAUAUUGAAGAGGAUUUCCGCUCUACCGCUCGACUCACUCAUCUGGAUCAAUAAGCACUGCACGUGGCUCGCACACUCAAACUAAGAAUGGCGACUGCAGCUUCCGAAACCACAGAGUCUCCUGCCACGCUGGACCUGCAGCUGGUGGACAAGACCUUUAAAAGACUAAACAAACUGUACCGGCUGUGCACAGACCCUCGACUCGGCCUGCGGAAUAGUCCACCGAACCUCCCGGAGUUGGUCUCCAACACGUCGGUGAUGCUCAUGGAGAUCUGGGAUCCCUAUAGGAAUCCCGACAUCCGGCAGCCCAGGGGCGAAGAGGCCCGAUACCUGAGGAUCCACAUCAGGAACCUGCUGGAUAAGACGGAACGAGCUUUACAGCUAUUCAAGGAGGGGCAGGACCAGAUAUUUGACGAGUCGUCAAGCUGCAGGAGCAACUUGACCAAGCUGACGCUGCUAUUCAGUCACAUGCUGUGGGAGCUGAAGGCCAUGUUUCCAGAGGGCUACUUUCAAGGCGAGACCUACAGACUGACCAAGAAAGAAGCCGAUGAGUUUUGGAGGAAAUCGUUCGGAAUCAAGUGCAUUGUUCCGUGGAGCAGUUUCGAAGACCAGCUGCGAAAAGUGCACGCGCUUGAGAAAGGGAUGGAAGCCAUCGCGCUGAAGUCCACCAUCGACCUGACCUGUAACAACUACGUCUCUGUGUUUGAAUUCGACACCUUCACGAGACUCUUUCAGCCGUUUAAGUCGCUCAUCAAGAACUGGAACCAGCUAGCUGUGACCCAUCCUGGCUACAUGGCCUUCCUCACCUACGACCAGGUGACGGACCGGCUGGAGAACUACUUACACAAACCUGGGAGUUACAUCUUCCGUCUGAGUUGCACAAGAAUGGGCCAGUGGGCCAUCGGCCAUGUCACGCCCGAGGGCGACAUCGUCCAGACUAUUCCUGAAAACACCCCCCUCUUCCAGGCGCUGAUCCAGGGAUUCAAUGAGGGCUGCUAUGUCUACCCCGACGGUGAAGACGUGAACCCAGACCUGACUUCUCACCGAGAAGCUGCUCAGAGGAGCAAAGUGAAAGUUACACAGGAGCAAUAUGAUCAAUACAAUGAUAUUGGCAGCACAUUCCAGCUCUGUAAGAUUUGUUCAGAGAGAGACAAGGACAUUCGUAUUGAACCUUGUGGACAUCUCAUGUGCCAACCUUGUUUCAGCAGCUGGCAGCACAAGUCAGCCGGACACACCUGCCCGUACUGUCGAUGUAACAUCCUGGGAAAGAAGUCCAUUCACAUCGAGCCGUACCAGCCGGCUCUUCAGGACGAAGAGGACGACGAAGAGGAGGACCAUGAAGACAUAGAAAGCAUUGUUAAACAGAUGGAAGCCAUGAGGACGGUGCAGCGGAGCGACCAGCCACGUAACACACACAGAAAGGACGAAAGGCGAAAAGAAAAGAGAAAAGUUGUGCUUUGAAAUUAAAACAGAAUCUCAUCGGGUGAUGUGUGUUUUCCUUGUAUAAUAAAAUAUAUAAAUUACAUUG